AUGUUCUGCCCUCUUUCCAAGAAACCUUCUUUGCGAGGAGUCUCCCUUAAUUCAGGCAAUAGGCACACCACGGCCCGGUUGCCCAAGUACGCAGAAGCCGUUUUAUGGGUGUCAAGUUGCUGGGCCCGUCAAACCAAUGGGAAAUGCAGCGUUUCACUUGCUACCCAACACUCAUUCGCCCAUCUACCCAACUCCAACUGUUUAUAUACAAACCGCUUCUUGCAGAUGCCUUUCUCUCGUAUCAUAAAUUCUCGCCAGCCCACUCCUCUCAACUUCUUCAUGUUGCCCGUACGUCUGCUUUGGCCCCGUUUCCCCCACCAUUUUAGUCUCAAUUUGCCUCAGCUCGCCAGACUAAUCCCAUUCGAAGUUGUACUGGGCAAGAGGACAGGAUGGCAACUCGAUAAACUCGACAAACUCGACAAACUCGAUGCGCUCUCAUACCUGCCUUGUCUCACUCCCUGUCCAGGCAAGCUGACACCUUCGCCCGGGCUUUGCGUCCACCGUCCGUUCGCUUAUGUGGCCACCUCCUUCUGCGCAUGCUUAAACUUGCUACAAACACACACUCACAUGCACACAGAUUUUUCCCACCAAGACUAUGAUGCUCUUGGGACUGGCUGA